AUGAAGGGUGUGCCGCAUCAUCUUCUCGGCUGCAUUGGUCUUGAGGAGGAGACUUGGACGGUGGGGAAAUUUGUUGGCGAGGCUUUGAGUAUUUCCGUAACCGGUUCACCCCUGGAUCAAACCCGAGGCAUCUGGGUAUCCAUCGGAUACAAAGAAUUUCUCGAAUACCAAGAUGCGCAAUCCAACAACUCGCCGUCCGAACCCGAGCUCGAAAAGCUCAAAACAGCAGCCAUUGAAAAAACACAAGCCGCAACCCGACAAUAUGCAAACCGCCAGAUCAAAUGGAUCCGCAUCAAGCUCCUCCACGCCCUCCUCAGCACCGGCUCAAAACCCACCACUUUCCUUGUCGACGGCUCCGACCUCGCAGCCUGGCACACCAAUGUCAUCGAGCCUGCUACAACAAUAACCCAGCGCUUCCUGGCCAACCAGCCGCUCCCAGAACCGUCGUCACUUUCCGCAGCCGCAGCAGAGAUGCUGACGCCGAAGCGCGAGUACGAUCUUGGCCAAAGACCAGAUCUGUGGCAGAAGAGGGUUUGCGAGACUUGUGGCACGGUUGCUGUGACGGAGAAUGAUUGGGCGUUGCAUGUGAGGAGUCGGGCGCAUAGGAGGGCGGUGGGUGUGGAGAAGAAGAGGGAGAGGGAGAAGGGGGGUGGAGGUGGGGUGAGGGAGAAGAGGUUGAGGGAUGCGCAGGGGGAUGUGGUGGGGGUUUUGGAAGAGUAUCUUGCGAGCUUUCCGGGUGAGCGGGAUUGA